GGUGCCAAGGGCCAUCAGGUCCAGAGGUGGCGCAAGGGGAUUGCAAUGGCCGCGCCAACAGAGGAUGAGCUUGAGGAUUUCAUUAAGGAUAACAACGUGGACAGUCGAGCUGCGUCGGACUUGCGAGAGUGCAACGGGGAAGUCCAACGGAAGGUCAUUGCUCGUGGAGAUCUCAGUAGUGCACGCAACCCUUCGGCCGCCUUGCUUGCACGCAUCCGAGAUGCGCGCAACAGUGGCUCAGCUCCAGUCUCCAGAGGACACCAUGCGGGGGGAAGUACUCCAGAAUUGGAAGAGUUCAUUGCGCACAACAAGGUCGAUGAAAGCGCAGCAGACUCGCUAAGGAGCUGCUCCCCUGGUGUUCAGCGCACAGUCAUUGCAAGAGGUGAGUUGAAGACAGCUAGAAACCCAUCUUCUGCAUUGCUCUCACGGAUUCGAGACGCUAAGAAUGGAGCCCGUUCUGCAGCUCCGGCCGCAACAGACCCUGCCGCAGCAGCUGCAGCGGCGCACGCAGCCGCAGCUGCAGCCAACCCUGCCUUGGCAGCGGGCUACCCAUACUACCCAGGCUAUCCAUACCCGUACAUGGGAAUGUAUGGGUACCCGGGAAUGCCCGGCUACCCACCUGGAAUGCCGCCUGCGCAAGCUGUGCCAACAUCUGCGCCAGAUCGCCGCAGCCGGAGCCGUAGCCGCAGGAGCUCCAGUUCUGGCAGGAGAGCCAGGAAGAAGAAGAGAGACAGGAGAAGGGGCAGGAGUAGCAGCUCCUGAGUGGCGGAUGGAGCAUUCAGCAUGCAGCAUGCAUGAGGUUAAGUAGCAGUAGCUGAACGGAGCUUCAGCCUAUCUGGGCGUACAAAAAAA